CCAAUGAACCAAUCUGUUUCUAAUUAUACUCCACUGCGAAGCUUCCAGCCCCCGAACUGCUACAGCGCUUGUUUGCCCCAUCUGUGGUGCUGGAGGUAGUGGCGACUUUAGACUGUCGGGAGAGCUCCUCCUCCGGCUCCCCCCCCCUAUUUCCGUGAUACACUCUUUCACACUGCGCGCUGACAAGCCCGUCACCCCUCGCCGUUCGCCAGCCAGCCAGACAGACAGCGGCGGCAGCCGGAGGGGAGAGGUGGAGGCAGUGAGUUGGUGGGAGUCCGGCUUUCUUGCGGGCGCAGGCGCCGGUGUGGGUGUCGGUGUCGGCGCAGACGGCGCGCAGCCCCACGCUUCAGCCGCAAGGGUGACACACACGCACUUUUACCUGCGUCUAGAAACCGGGCGGAACAGCACUUCUGUUUGUGAAUUCACAAAGUCGAUGACCGCGGCGCUUCAGUGGAACAAACGACUGCGGACCUUCAAAGGAAUAAUUCACAACCAUGACAACCGAACCGGGAACAGAUUCUGAAUCAAAGCAGGACCAAGAGCAGAAGGAAGCUUCUGAGAAGAAAGAGACUGUAACCGAGCAACAGGAGGGCGCUGAGAAUCAGCAAGCAGACGGGAUAGACGGGACCCCGGCAGGAAUCAAUACCUCUGAGAAGGAAGAGAAGACCGGUGAAUGUGAGAAAGAGGCGGACGGAGCUUCUGGUAAAGUUACUGUGGGACAACAGGAAGACUUCCAGACUGAGGACGACAAGCUCUCCCAAAAAUCCUCUUCUAGCAAGUUGUCCAAAUCUCCUCUGAAAGUAGUCAAAAAGCCAAAGAACAUGCUGUGCAAAGUUACCCUUCUGGAUGGUUCUGAGUAUACGUGCGAAGUUGAGAAACGAGCAAAGGGACAAGUUCUCUUUGAUAAAGUAUGUGGGCAGCUCAACCUUCUAGAGAAAGAUUACUUUGGGCUCACGUUUCGGGACUCUGAAAACCAAAAGAACUGGUUGGACCCAGCCAAGGAAAUUAAAAAGCAGAUCCGAAGUGGUUUGUGGCAGUUUGCAUUCAAUGUAAAGUUUUAUCCUCCGGAUCCUGCUCAGCUCUCUGAGGACAUUACACGGUACUACUUGUGUCUGCAACUGAGGGAUGACGUUGUCUCUGGACGACUGCCAUGUUCUUUUGCCACACAUGUCUUGCUUGGUUCGUACACAGUCCAAGCCGAACUGGGGGACUAUGACCCAGAUGAGUACGGCACUGAGUACAUCAGUGAGUUUCGCUUUGCUCCGAAUGAAACUAAGGAACUGGAAGAAAAAAUAAUAGAACUACACAAAACUCACAAGGGCAUGUCACCUGCAGAAGCAGAAAUGCAUUAUUUGGAAAAUGCCAAAAAGCUGUCUAUGUAUGGAGUGGACUUGCAUCAUGCCAAGGAUUCGGAAGGAGUUGAUAUUAUGCUUGGCGUGUGUGCAAGUGGGCUGCUCAUCUACAGAGACCGAUUGAGAAUAAACAGAUUUGCCUGGCCUAAGGUUCUCAAGAUCUCAUACAAAAGGAACAACUUUUAUAUCAAAAUCCGGCCCAGUGAAGUAAGUUCAAAUCACGAACAGUUUGAGAGCACUAUUGGAUUUAAACUUCCAAACCACAAAGCGGCCAAAAGAUUGUGGAAAGUGUGCAUUGAGCAUCAUACGUUCUUCAGAUUAGUUUCACCUGAGCCACCUCCAAAAAAAUUCCUCACUCUGGGUUCAAAGUUCCGUUACAGCGGAAGAACACAAGCCCAGACUCGGAGAGCGAGUUCCCUUAUAGAUCGCCCAGCACCGUACUUUGAACGUUCUUCCAGCAAGCGUUACACCAUGUCACGUAGCUUAGAUGGAGCCUCCGUCACUGAGAAUCAUGAGAUGGUGAUUAAAGACUCCAUUUCGGCCUCGGAGGUGGCUACUGGUCAUUAUGGUGCAGCCAAGAGCCAAGUGUCAACAAAUUUAAUAACCACAGUGACACCUGAGAAGAAGGCAGAAGAGGAGAAGGCAGAGGAAGAGGAUAAGAAAGCAAAGACUGACAUUACUCCAUCACUCACACCAGCCAAGCAUGAAAUUAAGGACUAUGACAAAACUCAGGAAGAGGUGGUUAAGCACCAUGCCAACAUAAAUGAGAUGAAAAGAACAUUUCUGGAAUCUACAGCUGAAAGUGGGCCUGACGAAUGGGAAAAGAGGUUGUCUGCCUCACCUAUCAGAUCCUUCUCGAAGAAUGAAGACUUACCUAUGAUUGAACCCCUUGUGCCUGAAGAGCAGACCAAAGCAGAUGUUGGUGAGACACUAGAAAGCAAGCCAGUGGAAAAGCAGACUGUUGCCACGUCUGAUACCGUGGUGAAAGAAGAUGCAAGAUUAGCAAAGGCUGAAGAUGAGCAAAAGGCAGUAGAUAAGGAAGCACCUACUGGUUACAGCACUGUGGUGACUAAAGAAAUUGUCAUCAACAAAACAGUCUCGUCUCUCCCAGAGAAACCGGACGUGGAUUUGGACGAGAGUUCCAAAGUGGCACAACAUGAAGUCCUCAAGCAGGAGAAGACCAUGAAGAUUGUGCAGGAAACAAUGGUGAUGGAAAAGAAGCAUGUGAUGAAUGUGCAUGCAAGCGAGGAUGCUUCUGCUGUGAGCGCUAAGCUGGCAGGAGUUGAGAGGGAUUCUUUAACAGAGGCGAGCAAAGCUCACUCAUCUGGUGAUGCAGGGGGUCUGAGUUCUAUGGUGACUGUAGAAACCAAAGAGGACCAGAAGGAGGCAGCGAGUCCCAAAGUGGAUCAACCAGUAGCUGAUAUUGUAGAAGGACCACCUACCACCCAAGGGUGGGAGGAGCAGCCUGAGAUGGCAGGCAAACCUUCAGAAAAAUCUGAAGAACAACCUCAGUUCGAGCCACCUGUUAUUAAGACAGAAACUGUCAGCUUUGAAAGCUUAACUAAAGAGGAUGGGAAAGAAAUUUGCACCAAGGAUGUACCAGUGGUUCACACUGAGACUAAAACUAUCAUCUAUGAAUCAGCAAAGUUGGACUCAGAUGUUGACGGUGACCCAGGAGUUCUAAUGAGUGCUCAGACGAUCACCUCAGAAACUUCGAGUACCACAACCACUACACAUAUCACCAAGAUUGUGAAAGGAGGAGUUUCAGAAGCACGCAUUGAGAAGCGAAUUGUCAUUACAGGAGAUGCUGACAUUGAUCACGAUCAGGCUCUGGCUCAGGCGAUUAAAGAGGCCAAAGAGCAACACCCUGAUAUGUCUGUGAAAAAGGUAGUGGUACACAAGGAGACAGAGAUCACACCGGAAGACGGAGAUGAUUGACCACAGGAGUGACCACAUCUUCACAAAAGGAAGUCAUGCAUACCCAUCAUUAGGAAUGAUUUUGGAAUCUUAAUGGAGUCAUACACAUGACUUCAUUUGUCACGAAUCCAUCCGCUAAUGACCUUUCACAUCAAGCGUACUGGAGCACGUUGUAUGAGGACCCUCUCACUAAAUAAGAACAUUGCCAAAAAAAUCUUCAUUCCAUCCUAUCCAAGCGACAGUUGAAUAUUGCAUGACUAGAAUAAAUCUUUAUCACAAAACAAAUUAAAAACAACACAUUUUCAUACCCAUAGAGUAAGGCGUUCACACCACUUAAGUUAUCUUUUAUCAGCACGAUGAAGCAGCAAACAGUACAUUGGGACAUGAAUAUUUUAAAAGAAACAGAGAGGAGAUCCUGCCUUUGACAAUUUAAUAAAAAUAUAGUUGACCAAGGUAAUAAGAUAAAUGUGGCAGUAAUUCAUUUUAAUUGUACCUGGUAUCAUUAAUAAACAAGCAACUUUCACCCCAAAGCUGGUGAAACAUUGUUGACUAUAUCAAGGGAUUAUGUCAUACCUUACAGUAGAUGUGCCAAUAACAGUGUAAGCCCAUAUCUAUUAUCAUACUAAGCAACUUGAAGCUUGUAACUGGAAAUCUUGAUAUACAAUGGUAAUGCCUGUGAAAACAUGAAGAACCUUAAACAGUUUAGAACAAAUUGUUUUGCUGCAUAUUGUGCUUUGUCAGCAUCAUUUGAUGUCACCUAACAGAUUUUUUUAAAGAUAUAUAUAUAUAAAUAUAUAUUUGAUUGAUUUUGGUUUUGUUAGAUAAGCAUAUUUUACAUUAGAAUCAAAAGGUCAAGUAGGGAGAUCUCCACUGAUCAUAGUUUCCAACAUCCCCUGGAAGAGACACCAGUGUUCCUUUUCAAGCUGAGUCAAUUUACUCAGUUGUCUAAUGCUAGUGAAUGUGUCUGUUCUAGAAGGAUUCUCUCUGUUUAUGAGCUGUGACCUCUCAUUUUAACUAUGAUGGCAUUGAUUCUUUACAAACACUUUGCAUAGACUUCAUAUUCAGAGCAAAGCCUUAACUUAAACAGAAAGUAAUAGCAAACUCCAUUGAAAGCUUUCGAAUCAUAAAGCAUUUAUAAUUUACAGAAGACCACACAGCUCAGUCUAGGGUACAAAAUUUAAACCAGAUUUUCUGCUGCAAUGUAAUAAAUGUUGAAUGUAUGUUUCUUCAUGGUGAAAUAAAAGUGGUAAAAGGCAUAAGGACUCGACUAUCUUAUUCUGUUCAAAUCCCUAGCCUAUAGGAUUUUUUAAAAUUGGGUUUUAAUAUUUUAAUUGGCUUGGAUUUUGUGGUUAUAAUAAGGGCCAAGCUUCAAAGGUUCAAUUUAAUAUCAGAGAAUGUAUACAACCUGAAAUUCUUACUCUUCACAAACAUCCACUGAAAUAAGAACCCUCAUAAAAUGAAUGAUAAAACGUCACAGCCCCAAAGCUUCCCCCACUCCUUCGUAAAAGCAGCAGGUGUCCACCCUCCCCUUCCCCCCACACUUGUGUCAACUGAAGCAACAACCCUCCCUCCCCUCCCCAUCCUCCCACCAUGUAAGCAACAGCAAAGCCCACAAAGAGACAUUGAUCCAGAGUCCAUCAAGAACUGCAGUCCAUAAGCCAGCACUUUGGUAUCUCAGACAAGCUGUCCCUGUCUCCCUCCCUCCUCUCUUUCUUCUCCCUCGCCCCCACCCCCCGCCAGUGAGGGCGAAAGAGGUCACUCCUGCAAUAGCAAGAACAGAGACCAGCAACUCACAGUUCCGACGUGACAAUCUUCCACGUUGCUUCUCCAAGCCCACCAACUCAAACCGACAGGCUCUCACUCUCCAUCAAAAGAGAAUGGGGGGUUGGCAGGGGGGAAAAUCACUCGAGUACAGGGACCUUUUUCCGACAGCAACCAGUGAUUAGCAAACACACCACUUGAGAGCUCGAUAUUUCAGUCUCCCACAAUGCUUCAGUCAGCAAGGAACCGGGUUGUCCACAGGGCCACUCCCCAAGGGUGCACGUCUUCCAGGCCAUUUCAAGAGGUAGCAAAGCACUGGGGCACACAGCCGGUCCAAAAACCCACCGCUUGCUGAAAAUGGUUCUUCACAUCUGAUUUCAUUGUUCCUUGAAAUUAUUUGUCACUUCUGGUAACCACAUGUGCUAUUUAAACAUGCAAACAGUCUGCUUCUGCACAAGGUGCACUGGUGAAGUUUUCAUAGAGGCAAUCAGCACACUCAGUGAUAUGACACAAAACAACUAUUACUGCACUGUUCUUACUGUUCAAGGUGUCAUGUCUUGUUGAAUGAGGUGUAGCUGAAAUUUUAACCUUUGUCUAAAACAAUUACCGCUGCAAUAUCUCUCCCUAGACCCUCCCAAAAAAUUAAUUUUGUACAUGGAGCCUAAAUAGUUAUUCCAAAACUUCAUGAAUUUUAAAGUUAUUUUAUGAUAUUUUUAUGUUUUACGUGUUGUCUCAACUUCCAGUUUAAUCCACAUUUAUGUCCCACUUUUACUUUCCUCAAUGUAAAAUGUUGAAAAUAAAACUUUUUACUUUA